AUGGCUGCAAGUACGCUGCCGCCCUUCGCCAAGGUUGAUUCCAGACAGAACCCUCCCCAUGCAGCAUGGUCAGCAUCGGCCGCUCUGCCGCCGCCUGAAUUGGGCUCUUAUUCGUCCUCUACGAGAGAGAUCGAUCAGGCUGCCGCUGCAAUGGGCGAUAUACCCAGAGGCACUGGCCAGACCCCACUUGCAGCACUGGAAGGACUUCUGGCUCAAGAUCUAGAGGUCGAUUACGAUGCAGAUGAUGCAAAGAUCGAGGGUAUGACAGUGACCCUUAAACCCUAUCAGGUACAAGGUGUCAAGUGGAUGCAACAGAGGGAAAGUGGUAGGCACAAAGGAGGAAUACUGGCCGACGACAUGGGUCUUGGCAAGACAAUUCAAACGCUGGCUCUCAUUGUAAGCAACCACCCCAGUAACGAGGACGCAACAGUGAACUACGUCGUGAAGGAAGCCGACGUGGCUAAGGCGAAGGCACAAAGGAAGAAAAAGGCCCUAGCUGAGCAAGGCGAGGACAACAAUCAUCAGGACGACUCGAAAGGAAUUCCCCGAGAGAAGGUCGAGGUCAAGAGCCGAACGACUCUCAUCGUAGCUCCAGUGGCGGUGAUGAAGCAAUGGGAGAGCGAGAUACGCAACCGGAGCAACGCUGACUUGAAAGUCAUGAUUCACCAUGGACCCACAAAGGCCAGCAACUCUGCCAAGUUCAAGAGCUACGACGUCGUGAUUACAUCGUACAACACCGCUGCUGCAGAACUCGACGAUAAAGACCCCGUCCUGCUCAGGAUGCGGUGGCUGCGUGUGGUACUCGAUGAGGCUCAUACAAUCAAGAACCACACCACGAAAGCGGCGCAAGCUUGCUUCGCUAUGAGCGAGCGGGCUCACAGCAAGUGGUGUCUCACUGGUACCCCAAUCCAGAACACAGCUCUGGACUUCUUCUCCUUGAUCCACUUCCUCGACAUUCCGCCUUUCAACGAACUACGCCACUUCAAGGACAAGAUCUCGAAGCCCAUCGCGUCUGCAAAUCAGAACAGCGUCAAUUGGGGCAUGAAGAGGUUGCUAGUUGUGACCAAUGCCAUCCUGUUGAGGAGACAGAAGGACGCGCUCUUCGAGGGCAAGCCGUUGAUCACUCUACCCAAGCGGACUGUCGAGACCGUCUCCGAGCCCUUCGACAACGAUGCAGAGAGGGAGUUCUACGCCUCGUGGGAAGCCAAGGCAAAGAAGAAUGCUGAAGAACAGCAAGACUCUUACAUCGGCAUGCUCGUCAUCUUGCUCAGACUUAGGCAAGCUGCAGAUCAUCCCUUCUCGAUCACACGCAAGGUGGACGUCGAAGACAUUGCCCCACCCGUCCCGAAGAAGAAGGCAGCCACUGGCGAGCCCGGUCAAGUCACUGCAGAGGUUGAUCCACUUGAUGAGCUGGCAGACCUGCUGUCCAGUACAGCCCUGACGACCGUCUCCUGCCAGAGGUGCCACGCACAAAUCAAGGUGAAGCCGAGCGAACCUUCACCCGAGAUGUGCGAGGAAUGUGUGGAAGCCGUCAGAACCAGCCGUAUUGACUGGACGGCAGAGGGCAGCACCAAGAUUCGCAUGAUGCUGAAAAUCCUGAAGCAGAUCCGAGACUUGGGAGACGAAAAGACGAUUGUCUUCAGCCAAUUCACCACCUUCAUGGACCUCAUUGGCUACGCUCUGGAUGCCGAGGGAUUCGAGCAUGUGCGCUACGACGGCUCGAUGACCUCUACGGAGCGAGCCGUGGUACUGCAGAAGUUCGCCGAGAAGCCAUCGAUCAAGGUCGCAGUCAUGUCUCUCAAGGCAGCUGCAGUGGGAAUCAAUGUGACGAGCGCCUCGCGGGUCAUCUUCACCGACGUCUGGUGGAAUCCCACGACGCAGGAUCAGGCCAUCGAUCGAGCGCAUAGGAUGGGUCAGACACGGGAUGUGACCGCCUACGUCUUGGCCAUCAGCGGCAGCGUCGAGGAGAGGAUCAUUGCCCUACAGGAGAAGAAGCGGGCCCUGGCUAGUGCUGCUUUGGAGGGUACCAAGCUGAAGAAGGGCAGUACCAAGCUGUCAAAGGAGGAGCUCAACUACCUCUUCAAUGGUGGCAGGAUAUGA